AUGCCGGCUCCGGCUGCCUACAAGCCCCUCCUACCAACAACCUUAUCUGAGCGGCAACCGGGAACAUUCCGUCUCGCUUCCAUCCGACCGUCAUCGCUUCUCACCAUCCUUCUCACCAUCCAACAUCGCUGCGGGAACGGACAUCGGUCCCGCGCCAGAUACGAUUUCACCGUGGCAGACCGAACCCCCAACCAACAAGUUCCCAUAUAUCCCCCAGACUCCGACCACCCCUCAAACACCCCGCUACCCCCGGCUUCCUCUUCCGACACUGUCGAAUCUGCCCCAGUUUCCGCUCCACCGUUCCCAGCUGCUCCCCCGCAGCCGCCGUCCGUGACGCCAUCAGUUCCCACCAGUCUCCCACCGUUGUACGUCCCUCAAGGUUCGCACGACCGCCCGCACGCCUACGCUCCAUCCCAAGUCCUCGGCCGCCGGCAACUUAGUGAUUUAGACGAAAGCGGACAAGACGAAUACAGCCUCGCUUCGAACAUCUCAGUCAGCGUGACCUCUUCGGCCGCCACCACUACCACUUAUACCUCCCCGCGGCCGCUUAAGCGUCGACGCGGCAUCAUGUCGGCCGACAUCGAUGGCCAGAACUCGUCGAAUGGGUUUGGGAAGUCGUUAUCUAAUGGAUCACGGACAGAGACGGGCUUUCCAACGGCGGUAUCUAAUGGAAACGGGUCGCUGAAAGCGGCUGGGUCACAAAAUGGGUCAUCUUGGGAGGCGAACCGCCCAAGGCAACAAUUGGAGAGAUACCACGGCCACAACCGGGAACAGUUCACACGUCUGAUAAUACAGGCUAUUACGGAGAUGGGAUACAACGAUGCAGCAGAGAAACUCAGUCAGGACAGCGGCUAUCGACUCGAAAACCCUAUGGUGGCUGCCUUUCGAGCUGCUGUAUUGGACGGUGACUGGGGAAAGGCCGAGGAGCUUCUCAAUAAUGCGCACUUUGCUGGAACAACGAAUCCUGGCUUGAGGGAUGGCCUGAUACUUGCCUCAGGAGCGGAUCGUAACAUGAUGAAGCUUUGGCUCAGACAGCAAAAGUACUUGGAGCUGUUAGAACGGCGCGAGACACCCCGGGCUUUGAUGGUGCUGCGGACCGAACUCACACCGUUGUGCGGGGACCAGCACCAGAAGCUGGAGUUCCUGUCAAGCCUUCUCAUGUGUACGAGUGCCGAUGACCUGAAGGAUAAGGCCGAAUGGGACGGGGCUCGCGGAGAAAGUAGACAUACAUUGCUCUCAGAGCUUUCAAAAUUCGUUUCGCCUUCGGUUAUGCUCCCUGAGCACAGGCUGGCGGCACUUCUUGAUCAGGCACAAGAAAUCCAAAUUAGCAACUGCCUAUACCAUUCGACCCUCCAAACACCCUCACUUUAUAAGGACCACGUGUGCGACAGGAAUACUUUUCCCGCAAUCGCCAAGUAUACGCUGGAUGAACACAACGGGAACGAAGUUUGGCAAGUGAGGUUUUCACAUGAUGGGACACGCCUAGCAAGUUGCGGCAUGGAGCGUCUUGUCGUGAUCUAUGGCUUGCCCGAUUUUAAGGUGAUACACAAAUUGGAUACAGGUGACGAGCAACGCGAUUCCCGGGGUGUAGGUAAUAUCUCAUGGAGCCCGGAUGACAAGAUGCUCGUCACUUGCGGAAUGGACGCAAAAGUGUGGGAUACCGAGACUGGAGGGCUAAUCAGGACCAUGGACCAAUUCAACGAGCCAGUCAGCAGUUGCGCGUGGGUCAAUAACCAGGUUCUUAUCACUGGAUCUUUCGACAAGGAAAGGUCAAUCUGUUCCUGGAAUCUCGGCAUAGCCGAUGUGUUCAAGACGGUGUGGACAAAGGACCAUCGAACAGAAGACUUGGCGCUGUCCCCCGAUAGAAACUGGGUUGUUGCCCUGGACGACCAAAAGCGGUUCCAUGUCUACAACUACCACACGCGCGAGCAGGUUUAUUCACACGAGAUGAAGGAUAGAGGAACAUCACUCUGUAUAAGCCAGGACUCGGCGUCUCUGUUGGUAAAUACACAGGUGGGGACAGCGAUUUUAUAUGAUAUUCCCACGAAGGAUGUCCUUCACCAAUACGAUCAGCACAAAGGAGGGGACUUUUUAAUCAGGACUUAUCUUGGUGGUGCGAACGAGGCUUUUGUUCUGAGUGGAAGCGAGGAUGGGUCAAUAUAUAUCUACCACAAGACUACGGGAAUUUUGGUGGCAAGGCUUAAGGGCGCUCAUGCACCGCGUUGCAACUCUGUCAGCUGGAACCCUUUAGAUCCGCGCAUGAUCGCCAGCUGCGGAGAUGAUGGGUUGGUAAAGAUUUGGUACCCAGAAUGGCCAGACUGGGAUGAGGAUAUGGACCACAGCGCAAACAACAAUGGGACAGUCCGCAACACAUUAGCGCUGCAAUAG